AUGGAUUCUCAUAUCUUCCUGAAAAUGAAGGCUUGUUUCGUUCUUAUGGCUUUGAUCGCCGUCGCUGCUGCACAAUCGGGAUUUGGUAGGCGUAGAAGCCGUGAAUCCUCUUCGGAAUCAAACGAAAGACGUCGUUUUUUGCAGUUCUCGUUGGGUGGACUCACUCAGCUGCCACGUGGACGAAUGGUCUGCUCUGCUGAUGCUCGAUUCACUGUUCAAAUCGAUGGAACGACUACAACUGCCCGUUGCACUGACGCCGCAGCGGAUAUGUCAACCAGAUGCCCAGGAUGUUGUGAAUCUGUUGCAUUGGCCGCUGGAUUGACUACCGAUUUGGCCGGCGCCUUCCCAUCGAACAACGGAAGAAGCUGCAUCUGCUGUCUCAGAUCUAACUGA